AUGGCUCCUCCUAUCUUCAAUCGAUUACGACGUGCCAUCUCUGGAACUCCUCUCAAGGCGGACGAUGCUUCGAAACCGAUUCUACCACCGAUAUCUGAAGAGCAAGCUGCGGAGGAUCGAAAGGAGGUUCAGGAUGCCAUCUCCAAAGCGGUGUCGGAUGCUCUCAACAACGAGGAUUUCACCAAGGCCGUUGCGAUACACCUUGCAAACCAACUUCAACCUUCUCUCAAGGCAGCAUUCGACUCUGCAUCUAUCGAGAUCAAGCUCACCGAAUCUGCGGAACAGCUAUCUCAGAGACUCGAUGCUACCAGCGCAGAGUCCAACUCAAAAUUCAACUCUCUCUCUACCUUGAUCAACAACAGCCAUGGAGCUUCCACGGACAAAAUGACUGCGUUGGAACACACGGUAACACAAAUCACAAGCUCUUUGGUGGAGUUGGAAGCAAGCGUCAAAUCGAUACAGGAGAAUGUUGCCUCACCUGAUACCUCCAUUCUUGCUGCCCAUACCGCCAGCCUCGACAAGAUUUCCGCCGACCUUACUGAACUCCGAGAGAACGGUCAAGCACCCAUCAUUUCCGCUAUAUCCGAACAGACUACGAAGCUUGAUACUGUCUCUGCAGAUUUGGCUGCGGUCAAGGCAAAUGAUGCUACAGUCACGGCUUUGAACACCAUCACAUCCGAUCUCGCAGCCCUCAAGACUGAUAUUGAAACUGGAAAUACGGCAAACGGUAGCGGAGUCUCUACAUUGAGUGCCCAGAUAACCUCUGUUCUUGCCGCAAUCGAAGCACAAAACACAACCCUCGACGAAAUCAAGACAUCUGAUGCUACCAAAGACAUCCUUGCUGGCAUAAACACUUCCAAUGAUUCCCACGCUUCCCACGCCACCUCUCUGCUGUCUCUCAAAGCUGCCAACGAAGCCCAUGGGCCAUCUAUUGCCGAAGUAAAGACACAAGUUGAAGCUAUCAACGCUGCCCUCUCAGAGAUCAAAUCUUCCGACAUCAACCCUGAGAUCCUCGCCGCCGUUAAGACAUCCAACGAGUCUCAUACAACUCACGCGACUGCUCUCUCUGAUAUCAAAGCUACAAUCAGUGUUAGCGCAGUUGAGUCGCAGCUCGAGACGUUAGCCGAUGAAAUUUCCGCUCAGACAGGCACACUACACGAAAUCAAAACCGUUGUCUCAACUCCUGCUGCUGUUCCUGAAAAGACCGAUCUUUCGGGUCUCGAAGCAUCCGUUAAAGCUAUCUCUACCAACUUGGAUGCACAGACUGCUGCAAUUGGUGAGAUCAGCUCAACUGUUUCCGCUCCUGCUCCUGUCCCCGAGAAGAUCGAUCUUUCGUCACUCGAAACUUCCGUCAAGACGAUUAUCACAACACUUGAAACACAGUCCUCUACGCUUACCGAAAUCAAGGCAGCUCCUUUUCCGACUUCAGAUAAGGUCGACCUUACACCGGUUGAGUCAUCUCUCAAGACCAUCAUCACCUCGAUCGAAUCACAAAAUGGCGUUCUUUCCGAAAUCAAGACCAACGCCUCUGGGCCUGAGAUUCUUGCUGCCAUUGCCACCCAAGACUCUACUUUGGCCGAGAUCAAGAAUGCUAAGCCAUCUUUCGAUGUCAUGGUUGGUAUUGAGGCGAUCAAAGCCGACAUUGCCGAAUCGAAGGCCGCCAUUUCUGCCAUCAGCACCGCUGAAGUACUGAUGGAGGUCAAGUCGGUCAAGGAACUUGUCUCAGCCAUCCCAGCACCAUCUCCAGUCGUGAAUCAGGAUGCUGAAAUCUUAACUGAAAUCAAGUCGGUGAAAUCUGCUGUCGAAGCUAUUCCAGCCCCAAUCCCGGUUGCUGUCAAGGACGGGGAAAUUCUUACUGAGAUUGCUGCUCUAAAAACUCUUCUCGCUUCGCCAAGUGGAAAGGACGAUGAGAUCUUAGCCUCGGUGGAAUCUGUCAAGAGUCUUGUCCAAGCUAUUCCUGCACCAGCGGCUGCACCAACUGUAAAGGACGAUGAGAUUCUGAAAGAGAUUGAGUCUGUGAAAAGUCUUAUUAGCGCCAUCCCAACACCUGCAACUAUCACAGUCAAGGAUGAUGAGAUCCUAACUCAAGUCGCUGCAGUCAAAUCACUCGUUGAAUCUCUGCCAGGGCCAGCAGUCACCAAGGAUGAAGAAAUCUUGACUGAAAUCACAUCUGUAAAGACUUUAGUGCAAGCCAUCCCAGCACCCACCGCCACCAAAGACGCAGAAAUCUUGGAGGAAGUCAAAUCAGUCAAGGCUUUAGUCUCCGCUGCCCCCGCCCCAGUGGAAACAAAAGACGCCGAAAUCCUCACCGAAGUCAACGGUCUCAAAACCCUCAUCCAAGCCCUCCCAUCCGUCAAAGACGACGAAAUUCUCAUCGAAGUCAAAUCCAUCAAAUCCUCCAUCGACGCUAUCCCAGCACCCGCAGCCUCGAAGGAAGACGACAUCCUCACCGAAGUCUCCUCCAUCAAAGCUCUCGUUUCAAGUCUCCCCGCGCCAACUCCCGUUAAAGAUGACGAAAUUCUCACCUCCGUUGAAUCCAUCAAGACACUCAUCCAAGGCCUCCCCGCCCCACCAACCGUGGAUCAUUCCGAUCUCAUCACAGAAGUCAAGGCCGUCGCUACACUCGUUAAAGAGAACAAGGAGGGAGAAAUUCUGAGCGAGAUUCAAUCUGUCAAGACUCUCAUCGCCCAAGUCGGCGUCAAUGAUAAGGGUGUUCACGUGGCGUCCUCGUCGAAAGCCGAAAAUGGUGUCAAGGUUGAUGCUGUUGAGGUUGGACCGGAGGCUUGA